AUGAAAUACACCGUUGCACUUGGUGUGCUCGCUGCUAGCGCUUUUGCAGACAAGCUCGAUGUAAACCCUACGCUUCUCCAGGCCGACAUUGUGCGCGAGCAUCUGUGGGCAGGCGCUGGAAAGCUGCAAAGCUUCGCCGACGCGACAAAGGAGAAGAAUCGAAUGGUGGCUGGUCCUGCAGAAGAAGCUACGAUUCAGUGGUUAAAGGACAGUCUUGAAGCCCUGGACUAUUACGAUGUUUCGCUCCAAACCUUUCCCUUGACCGUUCAAUUCAGCGGAUCUAUCAACGCCUUUGCCAUCAACGCUACCGCAGUUCCCAAGACAUCGUAUUCGCUUUUCCAGUUCUCCCCUAGUGGAAAUGCGACGGCACCCUUGAUGUUUGUAGAUGGUGGAUGUAACAAGACGGACUAUCCAGCCAAUCUAGCUGGAAAGAUUGCCAUAAUCCCUCGUGGAACAUGCGAAUUUGGCCUUAAGUCUACUUUUGCUGGUUCUGCGGAGGGGCCAUAUGUUCCUACUCUCAAUGUCAUUCAGGGUGUGGCAGCGCCUGUUGUAUCAGCUCUCAAACGCGGUGAAAGUGUAACUGCCAGUCUGGAUAUUGUCACAGAUAUUCGGAAGACCACUCCUUCAAAUUUGCUAGCGACAACCAAGUCCGGCGACCAGAGCAACAAGCUCAUGCUGGGGGCUCAUACAGAUUCCGUAGCUGCCGGCCCAGGCAUCAACGACAAUGGGAGUGGCAUCACCGCGUUGCUUGAGGUAGCAAAGGCCCUUCCAAAGUACGAGAUCAAAAAUGCCGUUACUUUUGCAUUCUGGACUGCGGAAGAGGAAGGACUCCUGGGUUCGAAGCAUUUCGUUAAUAACCUGCCUGCAGCCGAGGCUGCUAACAUACGCGGUUACUUGAAUUUCGAUAUGAUUGCGUCACCCAACUAUGUGAAUUCCAUCUACGACGGAAGCGGCAAAGCAUUUGGUGUGAAGGGCCCUGCGGGAUCCGCGCAGUUCCAACAGUUCUCCCAAGACUAUUUCAAAGGCGCGGGCAAGAACUCCACAGCAACAGAAUUAAGCGGUCGGUCCGACCAUAUGGCUUUCCUUGUCGCCAACAUUCCAGUCGGUGGUACUUUUACAGGAGCAGAACAGAACAAGACGGUAGAAGAAGUUGCCUUGUUCGGUGGCCAGGCUGGCCAGCCCUACGACCACUGUUACCAUCAGGCGUGUGACACACUUAGCAAUCUGAACAUGGAUGCUUUUGAGCUUCAUGCAAAGGGCAUUGCAGCUGCUGUUGCUACAUUCAUGAAUGCCUUGCAGAAUUGA